GAAGUUUAAACACUAAUUUAUUCCCUUAACCCAGCAAUCAGAUUAGAUUAGCCACUCCUCCGCCAGGCAUACGGAUGCAAGACACUUGGAAAUGAAAGCGAACAGCUCCUGAUUACGCGUUCUGUAAAGAUGGCUGGGGACUUGCGAGGUCUCGCGCUGGAGAAAGCCGAGCUGCUUUCCAGUCGCCUGAAGGAGCUCGUGUCCUCGGGACAGGGCUACGUUCGGACCCAGUUCGGGUUAGACCUGGGUCUGAAGCCCGAGCUUUACCCGACGUGGGUCGUCCUGUCCACGGCCGCGGCGGGUCUCCUGCUGCUGCUCGCCUGCUCCUGGGCCGCCCUGUUCAACGGGAAAAAACGGGGAUCCCCGGCGCUCACCCACGGCGGCGGCGGCGAGCCCGCCAAGGCCGACCUGAUCAAAAACAGCAAACCGGAGGAGCAGAGGAAGAGGAAUAAAAAGAAACCGCUGGAAAAGAAGACUCAGUCCAAUGGACAACCGGUGGCUGUGGCUCAAGAGGAAGCCAAAGUGACUGUGGCUGAUUCCAAACUGACUCAAGAAAUUAAAGCUGUAAAGGUGCAUGCGGUGCAGGCCCCGGUGCAGGUUAAAAAGAACAAGAAAAAACCCAAGCUAGAUGUGAAACCAGUUCAACAUGUGCCCGCAAAUGAUGGGAAGGAACCUGACGACGGGGCAUGGGAGACCAAAGUCAGCAACCGGGAGAAGAGGCAACAGCGCAGGAAGGACAAAGGCCCUGAGGAUUCAGGGGGCACAGGAGGUGUGGAAACUCCCAAAACCCACACGGAGGCACCUGUCGCCAGAGCUCCUUUCAAGAAGAACCGAGGAAACCAUGAGACCCAGCACUCAAAAACUAGUACAAAGGUCGAUGCUUCCAGUGGUGCAGCUUUCUCAGCACCGACCACCUGGAAAGAGGAGCCUUCGGUCAACGGUGGAAGCUGGUCCAACAUGUCCCUGAAGCUGGCUAGUCAUAUGGGCUCUGCGGGGGGAACAACGAGGACAUGGGGAAGCGGCGACGGCCGGAUAAAAGCUGACCUCCACCCCGUGUCCUUCUCCAUGGUGGGACUGAAGGCCACAGACACGCUGUCAAACUCGGCUGAGCUGCAGUGGGCGAGCCAGCCUAACGCUGAUGAUCAGUGGUCUGGCUUCAAUGGUACGGCAGCAGGAGAUACCAGUUCCGACUGGAACGCCCCACUAGAACCGUGGGGAAAUUACGAGGAGGCUCCAGUGACUGUGGGGCCAGCUCCCCUGCAGAGGGAUCCGCCUGUCCCCAAAAAGGAGUCAGAGGACGAGAAGGAUGUCGAGGAUCCUUCUGGAGGAGGAGCCAAAUCUAAAAAGAACAGGAAAAAGAAGAAGAAAACGGAAGAACAGCCUGCGUCUGAUGCUCAGACGGUGACCACCGCUCCAGCAAUCGGGGCAGGAACCAAAACGCAAGAGCUUCCUGUGCCGGCCUCUAAAAAGCAGAACACCAGCACAACAUCCUCCCAGAAGAAGUCUGAGCAGGUGGUAGAGCCACCAAAGGUCUCCCAGAAGAAAAAAGUCAGAAGGGAAACUUGAACAGCAGACAUCUGAAGAAAGCAUAUGCAAAUGAUUGUCAAACGUGUCACAUGCAAUAACUACCGGGUACCGUUUCUUUCCAAGUUCCAUAACAUUUAACCAAUCGCAGCAACAAAAUGAAAGCAAGCAGCAGAUUUAACCUGCUUGGAUAAAUCCGGAAUAGUGACGAAUUGCGGUCCUAUGGACCGAAAACUAAUUUUUUGCACUAUUUGAUACACUGCGACCAGAGAAGUUUCCUGUGGAUUUGUCAUGGAGGUUAAUGGCUUCGAAAAGGCUUUUGUUUUGUUAUCCUGCCAGAGUGUAAGUAGUCAUGAGCCAAAAAUACAAAACAGGUUUUCAUUUUUAAGUUUAGUUUUUAGUUUUUAAGCUGAUAGAGAACAACAGUUUUUUUUUAUUUUUUAUUUUUUUAUUAUCUCCACCCCAAAUGAUGCACUUUGCUUUGUCGGCACUGCAGUUGCCCCCUCCACGAGUUACUCGAGUGUCUUUAAGCGAGAGAUGAAAAUGGGUUUAGAUUGGGUUGGAGUCUGUCUAAGUACAACAUUCACAUUCAAGGGUUUGCAUUUCACUCACCUUGACUGACAUAGACCGCCCCCACAACAUCCUCUGAUUCAUUGGUUUAAGUAGUCAUCACACAAUUAUCGUGGUACUGUCAGAAUUUGUGUCCUUUCAUGGCACACGGCAUCCAUCCAAGGUUUUCUUUUCAGUAUGAAGAUAUCCCCACCCAGCAUGGGAUAUGUGACAUGUAGGGGGAUGUAUUAAGAUAGGCUUCUCUUUGUCAACACUGAGGUUUUAGUAAGUGUUGUUGACAGUAACCGAUACACACCACCAGGGGGUGCUGUUUGCUGUAAAGAGUUUGAGGGAUAAAACCAUCCAGCAGCACCGGUGCAGUUCUACUUUUAUCAUUUUCACCAUUUUUUUUAUCUGCCUUUCUCUGAUUAGACUGUCUGUUGAUUUUUAUGAAUAAUUUUGUCUGCACUGUGUAUGAUUUUAUUUUAUUUUUUCCCAAAAACAAUUUCUUCCAGUUCUGUGCUAGAAAAAGCCAUGCCAUAUGUACAGAUUAAGGGCUUUUUCCAGUUCUGUAAUUGCACUGUGCAAAAGGUUUUAAUGAGCUCUUUGUAAUGUCGGAUGAUUUUUUUUUUUAGAUACUGUUUUAAGGAAUGUGAAACUCUUUUCUAAAGUUCGGUCGUGAUUUUUUGUUUGGGAGAUUUAAUUUAAACUCGAGAAUGAAAACUUCCAUGUAGAUGAGACUGAAUGCCGCUUUAAUUCCACUUCAGAUAUUUACACACACACAUACAUACACACAC